UUCAUCUGACUUUUUUCAAAUCCUUCCGACGAAAACCUCGGAUCUAACCGAAAUUUGUGACAAAGGGAUGAGUACAAGAAAUAACUUCUUAUUUUGUUAUUAUGAUGCCAAUGACUUGUUAACAGGAAGUUGGAGAGUGGGGGAUAAAUCAGGACAAAUGGGUAUAUGGUGAUGGCACUCUUCUUAAUAUAAUCAUAUAUCUGUUAUGAGUUGUGAGCAACUCAAGAGGACUAUUAAUUUUUUUAGCAACCUUCUCACCAACCAUUACUUGUCAAAGCUUUUACUUGGGGGAGACCCCUUUUUAUGUGCACAUAUGGGCAGAAGAUAUUAGUAAUCCUUUGAAUGACACCAUGUCAUAUAACCACCAAAAAGAAGACCUUUCAUGGUAGAACAACUUUUUUGAUAUGUGCUUACAUAACCACUCUGCUACUUUUCAUCUCAUCUCUAAGCUGUUGUAUAUCAGGAAGAUUCACUAUCUAUAGCAGUAGCUAUGGAGCUAUGGUAUGUUUAUUUUGUGCUUGCCUAUUCCCUUACUGGAUUGUCUGUCAUGGCCGACGGAGAAUAUGUGUCGGCCAUAGGUGAUCCGGGGAUGAGAAGGGAUGGUCUCAGAGUGGCUCUUGAGGCAUGGAAUCAGUGUAAUGAGGUAGAUGAUGAAGCUCCUGAUAUGGGAAGUCCAAGAAUUGCAGACUGCUUCGACGUUGAUAAAUCUACAUUGCCCGUCAAGUUAGUUCACAUGGUGAAUGAAGAAGACAACAAGCUUGGCAUAAAGAAUGCUUCCUCGAUAACCUUAAAUAACAUCGACGUCAAUCAAUAUGCAGCAUGGAAGGAGAUAUACUUGGGCAAGAAAUGCCAAGUAGAGGACAAGCCGCGACCAUGGCAGUUCUGGAUGGUGAUGCUCAAAAGCGGCAACAUGGACACGUUAGCAGCCAUAUGUCCGGAAAAUGGCAAGAAAUCGAAGCCCUUCCCUCCAACACCUCGGUUUCCAUGCUUUGGCAAAGGGUGCAUGAACAUGCCAUUGAUGUACCAUGAGUAUACAAGUGUACAAGAAGGCCAAGGAAAGAGUGGUCUUAGGGGAAGUUUCUAUGGGACAUGGGAUUUGGAUGCAGAUGUCGUGAAUGCAAGAACUGCAAACAAUACUUCCUAUUAUUCAGUCAUUUGGGAGAAGGAAAUUGGAAAAGGGAGUUGGGUUUUUCACCAUUUGUUGAAGACCUCCUCCAAUUACCCCUGGUUGAUGCUUUACUUAAGGUCAGAUGCCACAAGUGGUCUCUCUGGAGGGUAUCAUUAUCCCACAAGAGGGAUGUCAAAAAUUAUUCCAAAGUCACCAAAUUUCAAAGUGAGAUUCACACUGGAGGUAAAGCAAGGAGGGGGUCCAAGAAGUCAAUUCUACCUCAUGGACAUUGGCAGCUGUUGGAAGAACAAUGGCAAGGCUUGCGAUGGGGACGUGACAUCGGACGUUACUAGGUACAGCGAGAUGAUCAUAAACCCUAGCACGGACUCGUGGUGCAACCUGAACAGUCUCAGUUCGUGCCCACCUUACCACACCCUUCCAAAUGGUACUCGUAUCCAUCGGAAGGACAAGAACAACUUUCCCUAUGGGGCUUAUCACCUUUAUUGCUCUCCGGGCAAUGCUGAGCAUCCUGAGGAGCCCUAUAACUUUUGUGAUCCAUACAGCAAUCCCCAGCCGCAGGAAAUUCUGCAAAUUCUCCCUCAUCCAGCUUGGGGAGAAUACGGGUACCCGACAAAGAAGGGUGAGGGUUGGAUUGGUGAUCCAAGGACUUGGGAACUCGACGUUGGAAGACUUUCUCAGGCACUGUACUUCUACCAGGAUCCGGGAACCGAACCUGUGGAGAGGUACUGGCCUUCAAUUGACUUGGGAACCGAAGUAUACAUAAGCAACAAUGAAGUUGCCGAGUGGACAGUUAGUGACUUCGACAUUAUUGUUCCAAAAGAUGAUUAUAGAAAAUUUUAUUGAAAAUUAAUCACAAGAUAAAAACUUUUAUACAUUUUGGGGUACAGAUUUUGAAUCUUCGAUAUAAUUGUUAGAUAUUUGAAUUUCAUCAGUCACACAGAAAUACCGAUUCCUAAAGGUCCUCAAGGAACUCCUUAACCAAGUGGCCUGUCAUUUACUCGAAAUAAUUCUACAUUUGUAUUCCUUCGAGUAUAUCACAUCCAAAAUAAAUUUC